UGAACAUGAAGAAGUGAAAAAACAUUUCAUCAGUUGAUAAUAGAAUUUUCUAAGACAAACAAGCAUACUGUGUAAUACCCCCCAGGAUCAAGUGAAUUAUUUUUAGAAGAAAAACAAAAAUAUAAAAGAAAUCAAUAAAAAUGAUUAGAAAACUAGUGACACCAACAAAUAGUCUACGAAAACUUUCGUUAUCAACGAUUGGCCAACGUAGUUUUGCUGCUCACGCAUCGAAUGAUAAAGUCGAACGUACAGCACUUUAUGAUUUUCAUGUUAAAAAUGGUGGUAAAAUUGUUAAUUUUGGUGGUUACUCCUUGCCCGUACAAUAUGCUGAUCUGGGUAUAGCUGCUUCUCAUGUACACACCCGCAAAUUUGCUUCGAUAUUUGAUGUGUCGCACAUGUUACAAACCUAUGUACGUGGCAAAGAUGCUGUAGAAUGUAUGGAGUCUAUAUGCACAGCCGAUAUUCGUGGAGCUGCUGGUGGUACGGGUUCAUUGACAGUGUUCACCAAUGAAAAGGGAUGCAUUCUUGAUGAUUUAAUUGUUACCAAGGUCAAGAAUGAUCUUUUGUAUGUGGUGUCUAAUGCCGCCAUGAAACAACAGGAUAUGCAAAUAAUGGAAUCAGCUGUCAAUCAUUUCAAAUCGAAUGGAAAAGAUGUUGCUAUUGAAUUCCUAGUACCAGCAGACCAAUCUCUAAUUGCUGUGCAGGGCCCUACUGCUGUGGAAGCUUUAUCCGCUGUAACUGUAGGGGAUUUGAGCAAGUUGUACUUCAUGAACACUGUAGUAACGGAAGUAGCUGGCGUGCCCAAUUGCCGCAUAACACGUUGUGGUUAUACUGGUGAGGAUGGUGUCGAAAUAUCUAUACCAUCCGAUCGUGUUGAACAUGUCACCGAAGCUUUAUUGCAGCAAACAAAACAACAAGUUAAAUUGGCCGGAUUGGGAGCACGUGAUUCGCUUAGACUUGAGGGCGGUCUAUGUUUGUAUGGCAGUGAUAUUGAUGCCAAUACAACACCAAUCGAAGCUGCCCUCGCUUGGCUUGUAGCUAAACGUCGUCGUGCCGAGGAAAACUUCCCUGGUGCUGCUGUUCUCAAUAAACAAUUGAAAUCUGGUGUAGAGCGUAGACGCGUUGGCAUUAAGUUGACCGGUACUGGCAAACCUCCACCAGCUCGUGCUGGGGUAGAAAUUUUCAAAGAUGACCAAAAGGUGGGAGUUAUCACCAGCGGUUGCCCAAGUCCAUCACUCGGUUUCAAUAUUGCCAUGGGCUACAUACAGGAGCAAUACAAACAAGCCGGCUGUGGAGUGCAAUUAAAAAUACGUGAUCGUUUUUAUGAUGCUGAAGUGGCUAAAAUGCCAUUCAUUAAGACAAAUUAUUACCUCAAACCAAAACAAUAAAACUUGUUAAGAUUUUGACAUAAAACGAUAUUAACUUAAUUAAAAAUAAAAAAAUGCAUUUACAAAAAUAAAA